AGAACAUGGUUGGGAUUGUUUUGAUGGGACGGUGGUGGAGCCAUCUUGUUUUAUAUCCGUCCUAAUCCCGUUUACCUAGCCAGAGGAAACAGCCAUGGAAUAUGACACUAUAUCCCGAUCCUAGACAACUGAAAUCGACACCUCCGAGUACCGAAGCUUAUUUCUGAUCGACGGAAUAUACACAGCAAGCGGAAUCGGCUGUUCGUUGCGAUUUAUUUCUCAACAUCGGCGGCUGCUGCUUUAACUGCAUUUUCUCUCGCACAUUUUCUCCGGUGUAAGAUACUAUGAAUGGAGGAUAAAUGUUGCCGAAGGCUGACAGCGGUGGUUUUGUGCUUCUCCUCUUCGUUCUGACAGUAACAGAUCCGUCACGGACAGGUCCACGGCUCGCUCUGGCCAGACUGUUGUCAGACCUGCGCUGCAGUCCUGGCCAGUUUGCCUGCCGGAGCGGAAAAAUGCAGUGCAUCCCUCUGUCCUGGCAGUGCGAUGGAUGGACAGCCUGUGAUGACAAAAGCGAUGAGAUAGAUUGCCCUACAAUAAAGGAGGAGCGGUAUCGAUACAGCAACGGUUUUGAGCCGGUGGAGGACGUCAUGGGAGUUGCUCAGCCAGUGCGCUUCAACAGGAAGUGUCCGAGCGGCUGGCAUCACUAUGAAAAAACAGCCAGCUGUUAUAAAGUCUACCUGAGGAGCGAGAACUACUGGCAGGCGGUGGAAACCUGUCAGAAGGUCAACGGCUCCCUCGCCACGUUCGGCACCAAUGAAGAGCUGCAGUUCAUCCUCAAGAUCGAGGUGGACUUCGACGAAAAAGUGUGCGAGCGAAAGGACCAGUGCAAGUUCUGGGUGGGAUAUCAGUAUGUAAUUACCAACCAGAAUCAUUCGCUCGAGGGCCGCUGGGAAGUGGCGUAUAAAGGGUCCAUGCAGGUGUUUUUGCCUCCGGAGGGUCUGGCUAAUUUUGGCGAGGCGAACCCAACCCAGGAUAACGUGUUCUGUGCCCAGCUGCAGCGCUUUCAGAUCAAGAGCAUGAACGAGCGGGGCUUGCACAGCUGGCACGCCGAAAACUGCUACAAAAAAUUCCCCUUCCUCUGCAAGAGAAGACAAACGUGUGUGGACAUCAAAGACAACGUGGUGAACGAGGGCUAUUAUUUCACGCCUAAAGGGGACGACCCGUGUCUGAGCUGCACGUGCCACGACGGCGAGCCGGAGAUGUGUGUGGCUGCCCUGUGUGAGCGUCCACAGGGCUGCCAGCAUUUCCGCAAGGACCCUAAAGAGUGUUGCAAGUUCACCUGCUUGGAUCCCGACGGCAGCAGUCUGUUUGACUCUAUGGCCAGCGGCAUGCGGCUCAUCGUCAGCUGCAUCUCGUCCUUCCUCAUCCUCUCGCUGCUGCUCUUCAUGGUGCACAGACUGAGACAGCGCCGGCGGGAACGCAUCGAAACCCUCAUUGGAGGAAACCUGCAUCAUUUUAAUCUGGGUCGGAGGGUCCCUGGGUUUGAUUACGGGCCGGAUGCGUUCGGGACGGGCCUGACGCCUCUGCAUCUCUCUGAUGAUGGUGAAGGUGGAGCGUUCCACUUCCAGGAGCCUCCGCCCCCUUAUGCUGCUUACAAAUACCCAGAUAUCCACCACCCUGAUGACCCUCCUCCUUCAUACGAGGCCUCCAUCAACCCAGACAGCAUCCUCUACAUGGACCUCAGACGGACCGGGGUUCCGCUCGCGACUGGUCACAUGAGCGGCGCGGCCGACUCUCUCCAGAGGGAUUUCCCCGAGCCGGCGCUCCCCGCCCCGCCGCCACCGCCCCUGGAGGAGCGCGAGGACUCCAUCGACAGCAGCACCCUGCUGGUGUCUCCGGACACCCCCAGCGAAUCAGAGAGCAGCAUCACGCAGAGCUCCACGGCAGACUGCAGCGGCCCCUCGCUCAGCACCGUGGUGUAGGGUACGUGUCCAGACUGUGCUUUACUACAUGUUAGAGGAUGUUGGACUCGAGGAAGAUUUCCUGUUCAGAGCAAAGACUUCAGACACAAACGAAAAGACAAUUGUUUGGGGUUUUUAUUCAGCGGUUUUUCAGCGUGUGCGUCAUGUAAAUACUUCCGUCAGCCAUUGGUUGAUGUUGUGGAAGGCUGAUAGAGCACCUCUCCCUGAGGUUUACACUGGCAUGUGUCCAUCACCACACUUUGAACGAAUGAACCGGUCGACGAACAGACAUUUUAGGCCUUAGUGGUGUAAUCAAGACGACCUGACGUUCUCUCACUGGAAUCGUGUCCCGCACACUGACUCUUUCCUGGCACAAAGAAGCAAUUUUUCCUUGACUCGUUACUGCUCUGUCCAAACUGACCCUUGAGUGGUCAUCUCUACGGGAAGGAUCCGUUUAGACGCGAGCGGUACCAUGUUACUAUCUGGAGUUCUGUGAUGUCUGGUUUUUACAUUUUCUGUCUGUCAGAUCAGUAGCACAAACUCAAAAAACGAAGAAAGAAAAACCAUUUGAUUCUUUUAGAUGGAGGUACGAGUUUCAGCCAUUUUUAAGUGUCCUGCUGUGGCAUGGUGAUGCAAAUCCAUCGCCUCGUUUUUUGGAAAAGAAUGUUAGAAGCGUUUGAGAUUCUUUUGGGAGGUGAACUUCGUCAAAACGGAUUUUGGUGUGAUCAAUGUCAUAUUUGCUCAAGUCUAAAAGGAUGAAUCUCAUGAAAGCUGUGAAGAAAUGACCCGUUCUUACCGAAAGAAAAACAUAAGAGAUAAACCAUUUAUCUUUUGCAUCAUUACUUUCAUGCAACUCAAAUACACCAAAACAUCUUCAAAAAUAUUCAGUGGUCCACAUCAUUUCAAACUCAUCUCAUUUACUUCAUAAUCAUAAUGCUGAAUUUUUUAAAAUUAAUACACUUGUGUGCAUAUAUAUAUAUAUUUUACUUUUAUUUUAUUUUUUAUUUUUUAUUAAAAACAAUAAUCUAUGUGUUUUCCAUUACUCUAUUACUGGAAUGAGAAUGAGCUUCUUUCUGCAUUACGUUAAUUAAUAAUAAUAAUUAUUAUUAUUAUUAUUAUUUUCAUUGUGUUAAUGAGAAUCCCAGGGAGGAAUAUUUAUGCAAAAUAUAACUUUUUUUUUUUUGUGGUGAAAUAUCUGCUCGCUUCUUCAUAGAUUCAUCCAGAAAGUCUGUCACUAAUAUACAUUUUGAAUUCAGAAUGUAACUGUUACAAAAAAGCUCAACAUUUACCUGCAUAAUAAAUAUUCUCACUCAUUUUCGCCUCUCAAACUGAUCUCAAACCUUAUGCUGAAACAAAUCAUGGUGUUUGAAAUAGAUAUUUCUUCUUGUUGAGAUCCUGAGUUAGGAUUUACAUGUUUAGACUUGCCUACGAUUAAUUAUGAGGUUUGCGUUCUGUGUGUGUGUGUGUGUGUGUGUGUGUGUGUGUGUUUGUGUGUGUGUGCGUGACUGUUUUUCAUUUUCAGCACCUGUAAAUCACGUGCUCUCAAUAUUAUUUUGAUGUAAAUCACUAAUAACAACCGUUUGUUACUUGACACCAAGUAAAUGUGAGCGUAUAUUUGCACGCAUGAGCGCAUAAAUGUACAUGUACAUAAGAACUUUUUUUGCAUCAUUUACUAAUUUACAGACUACUUAAUUGCCAUUUGGACAAAGUUUUUCCAUUGAAUGAAUUAUGUACUCAAAUACAAAAGUUAUGAACUUGAGGGAAAGAUUUUAGAUUUGGUCUGCGUUGUUGCUCACUAAUGCAAACACUGCUUUUUGUAUAAGGGAAUAUGAUUUAUUUCUGACUGGAAAAGCAACAAAAAGGCCAAACUAAAUGACAAUCAGGCAUUUUGUACAAAGAUAGAGAUGUUUUUGCACAAGAAAAGCACACAGCCCUACUGUGUUGGGCUGAAAUACAAAGAAAAUUCACGUGAAGUCGGCCAGCAGAUCCCUGUUUCUAAAGAUCCAUCACCAGCGCCAAAAAAUAAUUAAGGAUAAAGACAUUUUUGUCACCCAGGUUAAUGUUCUUUCACUGUGUAGUCUUUGUUUUGAGUUUAAUUCCAGGGUUUCAUUAGCACAGACAAUCCUGUGAACAUCAGCUUUUGUUUCUCGUGUGUGUGUGUUAAACAUGUGGACUGGUUGUGUGUAAUGUAAAAGUUGGCAUGAAUGUUUAGCAGACCUCCGGUUGCAUGUUUUACUCUUUUGCGCAUGCAGAGAGGACGUCUCUUCUGCUGUUGUACUCUUCAUUUCUGCUAUGCUUACAGACGCUCGUCUCCAAACCGAGGUUCGAUACACAUCUGACUCCUCUCUUCCCGACUCCCAUUUGCAAACUUUUUUUAAUUAAAAAAAAAAAAAAAAAGUAGAUUUCUUCUAGAUAGACUUUGUGGUGCAACAAGGAAAAAGGCAUCAUGAAAUGUUUUAUGUAGAAUGCAACAGUUGGUGAAUUUGUCAAUAUUCUUGAAUUAUUUUUAGUUUUUUUAUGUCAUGUACUGCUUUUUUUGUCAGAGGGCUUUUGUUUUGUUUUUUCUUUGAAGUAGAUGUACAUCUAAUCAAAUGCCAAAUAAAUUGUACCGUGAAGG